AUGGAAGACGACAGAACUGUAUCUCGUUUGUUCAGGUCUUUCAAGACAGUUAAGGAGAUGGUCAGAGACAGAGGCUACUAUAUCACCCAGGAGGAAGUAGACAUGUCUUUGGACGAGUUCAGGGCAAAGAUCUGUGAUUCUAUGGGCAGACCACAGAGGAAGUUGAUGUGUUUCCAAGCUAAUCCUACUGCUGAGUCGUUGGAUAAGUUCCCAGACUUGGGUUCAUUAUGGGUCGAAUUCUGUGAUGAAGCUUCUGUGGGUAUCAAGACUAUGAGAAAUUUCUGUAUCCACAUCAGUGAAAAGAACUUCAGCACUGGUAUAUUCAUCUACCAGAACUCGAUAACUCCUUCUGCCAACAAGUUGAUCCCCACUGUUUCUCCUGCAUCCAUAGAAACAUUCCAAGAAGGGGAUUUGGUGGUCAACAUCACCCACCACGAGUUAGUUCCUAAACAUAUCAAGUUAUCGAGAGACGAAAAGAAGGAAUUGUUAGACAGAUACAGAUUGAAGGAGUCGCAGUUGCCUAGAGUCCAGAGAGAAGAUCCUGUGGCCAGAUACUUGGGAUUGAAGAGAGGAGAAGUAGUAAAAAUCAUUAGAAGAUCAGAAACGUCUGGUCGUUAUGCAUCGUACAGAAUCUGUUUGUGA